AUGACUGAUGAAAAGACAAAAGUAUCUAGUGAAUUGCUCGAACAUGAAAAGCGGCAGCAUGACAACGAGGAACGGCUGAAUCGACAAAGUUUAGAUGUUGAACAACCACAAGAAGAAAAAGAAGAAGAAGAAGAAGAAGAAGAAGAAACAACACAACUAAAAACUACACCACUACAGGCCAUAGAUGUACAACAACAUUCACUGCUGAAAGAAGCAAUUGGGAAACAACACGAUUCAAAUGAAACACUAGCAAAUGCCGAUGCUGCCAAGCCAACACCAACAAUUGCACCUAGUCUCGAGGCACAGGAAAAUGAACGCGAGCAACACAAGGGAGAACAAGAACAGAAACAACUGGAAACUCCAGAACAUAAUGACAAGACCAACAAAGAAGCACGAUCUAAAAAACGCUUGACUUUACAAGAAAGACUAGCAUUAGCUGCAAAGGGGAAGAAAAAGACACUUGCUAGUAGUGGAAAAACUUUGUCCAAUGGAAGUGAGACAUUAUCAGGCUCUGAAUUAUCAUCACGAAAUACUAGUGUUGACGAUUUAGGUGUUCUUUCACCAGAACACUUAUCGAACGUAUCAAUUCCUUUAGAUACCAAACAUGAGAUAACCAAGCCUGAAGAAACCAUUGAUUUGGGUCUGCACAAGGAUGAAUUGGAAAAAUUGAAACUCGAAAAUAAGAGACUCUUGGAUGAAGUCAAUGCAUUGAAAAAGUCAAAGCAACCAAAGAGAGAAAGAAACGAACUUUUGACAACAAUAGCUCAAAAGGAUGAAACUAUUCAGCAAUUGAUGAAAGAAGGCGAGGCACUUUCGCACAAGGAACUCAAACUCAAUGAGACAAUCAAAAAAUUAAAAGCAACAAACCAGAUGCUAGAAGAGGAUAUGGGCGAGUUUGCUAAACGUCACGACGAGUCGCUUGUAAAACUGGAAGAAUUACAAGACUUUUUAAAGACUCACAAGUUAAAGAGUAUUGAGCAAAUGAUUACUAAAUAUACAGAAACGAUUGAAGAUUUGCGUAAGUUGAAAGACGAAAAUGAAGUGAUGAAAUCCUCAGAAAAUAAAUACAAAGACUUGCUCCUGGUUCAUGAAGAAACGAGUUUAUCAAAGCAAGAAUUGGCUAAAGAAUUGGGCAAUUUGAAAAUCGAACACGAAAUGACCAAAAAGCAAAGUGAACUUGAUCUCGCAGCAAAAGAGGAGCAAAUACAUGAAAUGAAACAAGAAGCAUUGAAAGUGAAAAAGAAUUACUCAGAGGAAAUAAACAGACUUGAAGAGAAAAUUGAACGGUUAAGACUAGAUCGAGAAGUAAAGCAUGAAUCCAAUCGCGAAACAAAAGGAAGUGAAGAGGAAAAAGUGGACUUUGUGGAUUUCAAAACCUUAUCUGACGCUCAUCAUUUAUUACAAAAACAAUAUUUGUCUUCGCAAGAGAAUUGGAAAACAAUGGAAUCAAAUUUAUUACAAAAAGCUGAAUCGUUAAAGGCCUUACUUGAAUCUGCAAAGAAAACAAAAGCCAAAUUAUCUUCAGAUAUCAUGAAGGCAAACCAAACCAUUCAAUCACAAGCUAGAGAAAUCUCCAGUUCCCAUGAAAAAUCACAAGCACAUAUUUCACGCAUUAAUGAAUUGGAGCUUUCGUUGAAAAUUAAAGAUAGCGAUUUGCAAGACCUUGUUGAAAAAACAGAAAAGAUGAAAUCCGUUUAUGAUCAAGAGCGUGCAAAUCUUAACGCUAAAAUUCAAACACUCAAUGAGCAAGUAGAAAGAGCAAAAGAGCUGAAACGACCCGAACCUCUCAAAUUUGAUUCGAAGAUUAAUCGAGACAAUUCCAUGAGCUCCAAUUUGAGCUGGAACGACAUUCGACUAGGAGAAUCUUCUACGACACCAGCAUUGAACAGAGAGUAUAGUGUGUUUAUGAACAACAGUCAUAAUGUAUCUCUGACUUCAUUCACCGAGAUGAACGAUGAUUUGUAUGAUCGCGAGCAAUAUUCAUAUUUGACACCAAGUCAUUUCGGUGGUGGGCCUGGUACACCAGGUAUAUCUCACAGUAUUGUUGGUGGAGGUAUUGUGGGAGGGGCAGGAGGAACAAAUGUGGGUGGUACAAGUGAAAGUACCCACAGUUUUGGCAUUCCAUCAACACAAACAACCAACAAUAAUUUACAGUUGGUCAAUAAGAUGAGUUCCAAUAUCAGAAGAUUGGAGAUUGAGUUGCAUACUUUGAAAGAUGAGUGUACAAAAUUGCUAGACGAAAAGGAACAGAGAGAGCAAGAAUUAUUGGAAUCGAUCAAGUUGAAUGAUGAAGUUAAUGAGUUGAAAGAGAAGAUUGCAGAGCUAGAAAAGACUAUACAGGAAAAAAGUAUAAAGGAGCAAACUAUGUUGGAACUCAUUGGUGAGAAAUCCGAACAAGUUGAAGAGUUAAAGGCUGACGUGGUAGACUUGAAAGACCUUUGCCGUAGUCAAGUACAGCAAAUGAUUGAACUUCAAGGUUUGUAA